AUGUACAUGUUCCCCGACAGGGAGAAUUUUUGCCACUUUGACUUCGAGACUCUGCCACGUUCUAUUGACUCCGACAAGGACCCAACUCCGUUGGAUCAACCACGUGUGAGGUUUGCUAAUAUUUUGGACGCUGACUCUGAUGCCCAUGGCGAAGAGAUCGACAGCAUAUGCUCCCUUGCCGGAGGAGAGGUGAAACGACCUUUUACCGGGUUUCUAAGAGCCGGCCAUGAGACGCGAAUAGUUCUUCAGCUAGGUGCUGCCCCGGUUAGGGAUCCUCGGCACUUCAUCCAGAACUUCAGAGUGGAAUCUCUGGAGGCGUAUCUUGAUGCCAGGAACCGGAGGCUUCAGGUCGACCUUCAGCUCGUCCAGACCGUUCUCACGCUUGGCAUUACCCCUUGGGUUCCUAAGAAGUGUACUAGGAUGGAAGUCCUCCUUAUACGGGAUCUCGAUUCCACCGAUCCAACACCAUGCAUCUCCCAUGAGUCGGUACGGAACACCUUCAAGGGCAAGCAGCGCGUUGAGCACUCUGCCCAAGCCCGCGCCAGCCUCUUUACCAUUGGCGUUCUCCUGCUCUAG